AUGGUUGGCGUUCCAGGAAGGUCCAAGGGGUGCGAAACAUGCCGCAGGCGGAAGAAGGGCUGCGAUCGGAAGCGGCCAGCAUGCAGUCAGUGCGUGCAGGCAAAUGUUGAGUGUGGUGGCUACGAGCGCCAACGCGUUUUCCUCAACCGCACACAAGACACCGAGGCAACCUCAGUCAUGGUGUCGUACCGCCGCCAGAGUGUCGUGAAGCCCGUCGCCCGGUCACAGAGCCCUUCAACUGUAGUCGGCCUUCCGCAUAUGCUAGCCCAGUGUGCAUAUGUCGACAAGUACGUCGGUCUUUUUCUGACCGAGUAUGUCCCUGGCGGCCGUAUCUCAGUGGCAGGGGCUUCGCGCUACUCCCCCUGCGACUGGAUCGACAUUGUCUAUGGGCUGCAUACGUCCGAGAGGACCGUCCACUUUGCCCUCCUCGCCGUCAGCCUGUGUGGCAUUGGAAGACGGGAUGGCGACAAGAAUGCCAUGGCUCAGGGGCUAGAAUCCUACAGCAUUGCCCUACACGAACUGACGCAAGCCAUACGCAACUCAACCCGUGCUACAGAGAAUUCAAUAAUGGCUGCGUCCAAGGUGCUGACGCUCUUUGAAAUGCUGUACGGCGAUGAGUGUCCUGAUGAACUCGCACAAUCACGCAAUUGGCUGCGUCACUUGAAUGGCCAGUACGCAUUGAUUCAGGCGCGAAGCCCGCAUCAAUACCGUACCGGGGCGAGCCACCAGCUCUUUGCCGCUGGACGCUACCCCCAUCUUAUAUCCUCAUUGGGACUUCGGAAGCGGUUCCCACUCAAUAGUCCGGAGUGGCGGACGGUGCCCUGGGAAUUCGAGCCCAAGUCGCCAAGGGACAGCCUGCUGGAUAUGCUUGCCGAUCUAACAGAGAUAAUAGCUGACUCGGACAAAAUGCGCGCGUGUCGAGAUCACCAACAACAAGCAAUCUUGAAAGAAGAAGUCGUGAGAACGUGCUGGGGCCUUGACGAGCGUCUGCGCCUAUGGCCACAGCAGGCUGGUGCAUUGAAAGUCUUCCUCGAUGCCGAUGGAGUGCUCAUGAGUCCAGCUAGCCCCGAGGACUUUGCACUCGCACAUCUUACCCUUAUCUACUGGACCGCCUGUCUGCUUCUCUAUUCCGCCCUUCGAUCGCUCCUCGACGAGCAUACGUAUCUGCCGCUCCACACGGACCCCAGCGUUUACAUCCGAUACCUUGCACAGGCUCUGCCGUACUUUUGGAUGCCCGGUGCCGGCCUCAUGGGAGCCCACUUGGCCGCGUUCCCCUUGGGUUUGUGCAUGAACAUACUGCAUUCCAUGCCGGCUGAUGACUGGGACCAAUUUGGCCUAGGGGAAUUGAUGAUAUUGCCGCAGGUUCGGGACACCGUGCUGAAAUUCCUCGUCAGUAUACAAAAGGGCUCAGCUAAGCCUGAACUGGCCCAUAUGGCUGGUAUGCAAGGCAUCAUUACCAGAGCGAGGAGCUGGUCUAUGGGGGGGCUGUAG